CUAGGUUGCGCUCAGUUUUUGGAGACAGAAAUUGAUAUAGCACAGCAGUAAAUCAGGGGGACCUUACUGUGUAGAAAUUUGUAACACUUGCAAGUAUUUUUGGAGACGGUAGAGAGGCACGUGAAACCACAGCGGUUUCCCAUUCUGGGAAGAGUCGAGUGGUUGAGCGAGGACUACAACGGGUUGCAUUCAGGCACAGUUUCAUAUUUAAUAGAAAUCUAGCAGUGUAAAUAUCAGCCUGGAAAUGUCCGAAACCAAGCCAAAUGAUGAUCCGAAGUUGUCAACGACGGACAGAGCGGUGAAAUCCGUCCCCUUCCCGCCGAGCCACAAGCUGACCGUCAAGGAGCUGUUCGACAGCGAGGGGAAGCCCAGAGUGGACGUGCUGAAGGCCCACCUGACCAAGGAGGGGCGCGUGGAGGAAGGCGUGGCCCUGCGGCUCAUCGGCGACGGGGCAGCCAUCUUGCGCGCCGAGAAGAACCUGCUGGACAUCGAUGCGCCCGUCACAGUUUGUGGGGACAUCCACGGGCAGUUCUUCGACCUGAUGAAGCUCUUCGAAGUGGGCGGAUCUCCAGCCAGCACGCGCUACCUUUUUUUAGGGGAUUAUGUGGACAGAGGCUAUUUUAGCAUUGAAUGUGUGCUGUACCUAUGGGCCUUAAAAAUCCUUUAUCCCAAAACACUGUUUCUGCUCCGUGGGAACCAUGAAUGUAGACACUUAACAGAGUAUUUCACCUUUAAACAGGAAUGUAGAAUUAAGUAUUCGGAGAGGGUGUAUGACGCCUGUAUGGACGCCUUCGACUGCCUUCCCCUGGCUGCCCUCAUGAACCAACAGUUCCUGUGCGUACACGGAGGGCUGUCCCCAGAAAUAACAAACCUCGAAGACAUAAGGAAAUUAGACAGGUUCAAAGAGCCACCCGCGUACGGUCCCAUGUGCGACCUCCUAUGGUCUGACCCCCUGGAGGAUUUCGGGAAUGAGAAAACCCAGGAACACUUCACCCACAACACUGUGCGAGGCUGCUCCUACUUCUACAGUUACCCUGCCGUCUGUGACUUCCUGCAGCACAAUAACUUGUUAUCGGUGAUCCGGGCACACGAAGCGCAGGACGCUGGAUAUCGCAUGUACAGGAAGAGCCAGACCACUGGGUUCCCUUCACUAAUCACCAUCUUUUCAGCGCCCAACUACCUAGACGUGUAUAAUAACAAAGCUGCCGUACUGAAAUAUGAGAACAACGUAAUGAAUAUCCGACAGUUCAACUGCUCCCCCCACCCCUACUGGCUCCCAAACUUCAUGGACGUCUUCACCUGGUCUUUGCCGUUUGUUGGAGAGAAAGUGACCGAGAUGCUGGUCAACGUCUUAAGCAUCUGUUCCAACGACGAGCUGAUGACGGACGAGGAGAUUGACGGACAGCUAAUUUAUCCCCCUAAGAAAGGUGCCACUGCCUCCGCACGCAAAGAGGUGAUCCGGAACAAGAUCAGAGCCAUUGGUAAGAUGGCCAGGGUGUUCUCAGUCCUCAGAGAGGAGAGUGAGAGCGUGCUGACCCUGAAGGGACUGACCCCCACCGGGAUGCUCCCCAGCGGAGUGCUGUCCGGAGGGAAGGAGAAACUGCAGAACGCUACUGUUGAAGCUAUUGAGGCUGACGAAGCCAUCAAGGGCUUCUCCCCUCAGCACCGGAUCAGCAGCUUCGAGGAGGCCAAGGGCCUGGAUCGCAUUAACGAGCGGAUGCCCCCGCGGCGGGAUGCCCUGCCCAGCGACGCCAGCCUGAACUCGCUCAACCGGGCCCUGUCCUCCGAGACCAACGGCACCGACGGCAAGGGCGGCCCCAGCAGCAACAUACAGUGAUCCGCGCCUGCCGCUAGGCUAGGGGGCGCUAGCGAGAAGCUGCCCGGGGGAGGUGGGGGUGGGGGGGCUCUCGUCCUCUCCUCCUCCCAGCUCGCUACAAGGUUGAGGGGGGAGGGGGGGGGAUCCGGUUUUGGUGGGAGAAGACGGAGAAGGAGACAAGGAUGGCGUGGACUAGGGUUAUGAAUGAAAAAAGUAAGAUUUGGUGAUGUGUCACUUCCUAGUCUCCCUGGGUUAUGCCUUUAAAAAAAUGCUUGUAGAAAUAAGAAAAAGGUAAGGCUGGUUAACUCUUAUGAAUCGUCGGGGAUUUGGUUGGUUAUCCAUUUGCACCAGGAGAAAGAGGGAGAGGAGAGAGAGGGAGAUCUUAAAUGAUUUGUUGUAACAAAGGCCUUUGUUCAGUUACUGGAUAUGAAAAAUUUUGUCUAACUUCUUACUAACUUGUACGUUUACAAAAUACAGCACUAAAAAUGGACAGUACAUUAAAAAAGUUUUUAACAUAUAAGGGUGUACAAACUAAAUGAGGACUAUUUAUUGAUAACUUUUUUUUUUGCUACUCUUAUCAUGAAAAUAGCUCUAAAAUAAAUUAGGCAGUCUUAAAAGAAUGUUGCAACAUUGUUAAAAUGCCAAAAAAAAGGAAAGUUUUAUGGUUUUUGUACAGAUAUGCUGACCUCAGGUUUAUUUGGUGUGUGCUUUGGUCCUCUUUUCUGUUUAAUGUCUAAAUAGCUUGGCAAUGAAUACCUUUCUUUCUUGGAGUUUAAUAACUGGAAUUUUACAUUUAUCAUUUAUUUUGUUUUUGUUUCAUUUUGUUUUUUUGGGAGAUUUUAUGAUCGGUUGUGGCUUGCUGGAAUUCUGUAUUGAUGAGUGGCGACUUUUUCUCUUUUUUCAUUUAAAGAUAGAGAGCAAAAAAAAAACACUAAAGGUUCGGUGGAAAAGCAUCUAUAUUCUGUAUGAAAAUGGAAUAGCUAAAAGAAUCUGCCUAUGCAUGUUUUAUAAUUAAUGAAAUAUAAAUUAAGUAAAUUUAUGGAUUCAAUUAACGUGGCUGCAGUGACCCAUUUGGGUGCUGUAGUGGGCUUAGUGGAGAUAUACUGGAAAUGUAUACUAGCAUUCUCUAUAUUUGCUCCAUGAGAUUGCUUCAUGCCUUCUUUUGUAAGUAAAACAUUGAGAUAUUUAAGACAGAAGAGGAUUCAUAAUAUUUUUAACACAAGCUUGUAACUGCACACGUAGUCCGAUUUAGCAUGUUUAGCAACUCUUGUGAGAUAAGUUUGUGGUUACAUGUGGAACUCAAAAUGCAUGAUAGCUGUUAGUGUCAUAUAAUGGUUUAGUCAUUUUUCCUUCUGUUUCGUAACGUGCCACAAAAAAAGUGUAAGUUUAUUAUUACUAUGAUUAUUAUUCUUAUUUGGAUCUCUUGCUUUGUAUAUCAGUUACAAGGUUUGUAACUGCUCCAUACUUUAAGAUAGAAUUGAAAAAAGCUCCAUUCAUCUUUUUUAACUCCUGUUUAAGUGCCCAAGUAAUUCACUACAACAUGAAGCCUUGCUUUUAUAAUUUGACUUCAAAACUGUUGGCAGACAAAGCAUGCACUUGCAGCGAUGAAAAGUAUUUUAUAUUACUGUUCAAUAAAAAUGUGCAUGAAAUUAUA